AUGUCGCAUGCUAACAUUCACGUCGUGUCCCAUCCCAUCGCUAACGCCGAGCUUUCCAAGCUCCGUCGUGCAGACAUAACCCCAGCUCAGUUUCGUCAGGGAGUGAGUGCGCUCAGCCUUAUUUUGGGUCUCGAAGCGAGCCGAGAGUUGGAAGUGGCGACAUUUGAAGGGCAAUCACCAGUCGCCCCAUUCACCGGAACCGCUAUAAAACCACGAGUUGGGCUUACACCCAUUCUCCGCGCUGGAUUGGGCAUGACUGAUGCAUUGCUUUCCUUAUUUCCCGAUGCUCCGAUCUACCACCUGGGUAUCUUCCGCGAGAAGGUAACACUGCAACCAGUUGAAUACUACUCCAAGUUACCUUCUUCCCCACCCGUCGACCUCGUUUAUCUGCUUGACCCAUUGAUCGCAACAGGAGGGACUGCCUGCGCCGCACUUGCGAUGAUCGCCGACUGGGGUAUGGACAUCAGCAACGUGAAGCUGCUUUGCAUUCUUGCUUCACAAGAUGGAAUCAACAAUGUCCGUGCUGCAUAUCCGUCGCUCGAAAUUUGGGUGGCAGGAAUAGACUCCAACUUGACCAGUGAGGGUCUCAUUAAUCCGGGUCUGGGGGAUGCUGGCGACCGUUUGUUCAAUACGUUUGCGUAA